AUGGCGAAGAAGCAGGACCCUGCGAUCGCCGCCCACGUGUCGGGCCAGUCUAAUAGGCCCAUCUCUGCACCUCCCCAUACCUUACCUGUUAGUCAGGUCAUCCAAGAGCUCCAUACCAACCCAAACGAAGGCCUUACUCCUGCGGAGGCUAAGCAGCGCCUCGAGGAGUAUGGCAGGAAUGAGUUUGGUGAGGAAAAGGGCGUUCAGCCCCUUAGGAUUAUAAUGGGCCAGUUGGCCAACGCCAUGACAUUGGUCCUCAUCCUCGCCAUGGCCGCCUCCCUUGCUAUCAAAUCCUGGAUUGAAGGUGGUGUUAUCGCCGCCGUCAUAGUCAUCAACGUCACUGUAGGAGCCACCCAAGAGUUCAAAGCCGCCAAGACCAUGGACUCCCUACGCUCCCUAAGUUCUCCCACAGCUAGUGCCGUCCGAGGCGGUCAAACUAUCGUUGUACCCACUGUCGAGAUCAUACCUGGCGACAUGGUUGAUCUCAAGACCGGCGACACUGUCCCCGCCGACGUCCGUCUAAUUGAGGCCAUCAACUUCGAAACAGACGAGGCUCUCCUCACUGGCGAAUCUCUUCCCGUUCGCAAGGACGCCGAGGCUACUUUUGAGGCCGAUACGGGCCCCGGUGAUCGCCUUAACGUCGCGUAUAGUUCAUCCACCGUUACGAAGGGCCGUGCCCGCGGUAUCGUCUUCGCUACUGGCAUGUAUACCGAGAUUGGCCAGAUUGCUGCCGCUCUGCGAGGACACCAGUCGAGGCGCCGACCUGUCAAGAAGAAGGAAGAUGGAACGGCUAAUAUUGGGCGUUAUGGAAUCGCUUAUACCCUUACCGUGUACGAUGCUCUUCUUCGCUUCCUUGGCGUCAGUGAGGGAACGCCGCUCCAGAAGAAGCUUUCCAAGUUUGCCAUUCUGCUGUUCUUCGUCGCCAUCAUCUGUGCCAUUAUCGUGCUGGCUGCCAAUAGCUUCUCGUCUAAGCAAGAAGUAGUUAUUUACGCCGUCGCGACUGGUGUUUCCAUGAUUCCUGCGUCUCUCAUUGUCGUGCUUACCAUUACCAUGGCCGCCGGUACUAAGCGGAUGGUUGAGCGACAUGUCAUUGUUCGAAAUUUGCGAAGUUUGGAGGCUCUUGGUGCCGUUACCAACAUUUGCUCCGAUAAGACCGGAACCCUUACCCAAGGUAAAAUGGUUGUCCGAAAGGCAUGGCUUCCCGGAGUUGGUACCUUCUCCGUGGGCCACUCAAGCCAUCCUUUCAACCCAACCGAGGGUGAAAUCACCCUUGCCAAGAAGCCCCCCAGGGAAAUCAGUAUCGCCGAAAAGGAAGAUAUCAUCGACCGGGAGACCGCCACCAAGGAUAACGACACCCUUGUCCAAUUUCUCAACAUCGCCUCCCUCGCCAACACGGCAACGGUCCGCCGCGCUGAAGGCGACGACGACGUCUGGCACGCCCGAGGAGACCCCACCGAAAUCGCCAUUCAAGUCUUCGCCUCUCGAUUCAACUGGAACCGACUGAACAUCUCGGGCGAGGGUAACCAGUGGAAGCAAGUCGCCGAGUUCCCCUUCGACUCAGACGUUAAGAAGAUGUCCGUCAUCUUCAAGGAUACAACCUCUAAGCAGCAAUGGGUCUUCACCAAGGGCGCCGUCGAGCGCAUCAUCGACAGCUGUCCCACGAUCCGCGUAGGUGACGAGAACCUCCCCAUGACCGAGGAGAUCAAGGCCGGCAUCUUGGAAAACCUCGAGGCGCUGGCCCGUCUCGGGCUCCGCGUGCUUGCGCUCGCUAGUCGCACCGGCAUCAGGAAGGUAGACUCCAAGGAGGAACUCGACCGCUCCGAGUUCGAGCAUGAUCUCAUCUUCCGUGGCCUCGUUGGCAUUUACGAUCCUCCAAGGCCCGAAUCCGCUCAGUCUGUGAAAAUGUGCCAUCAGGCGGGUAUUGGCGUCCACAUGCUUACGGGCGAUCACCCCGAGACGGCCCGCGCCAUUGCCAAGGAAGUCGGCAUUUUGCCGAGCCGUAUGCAGGAAAUCUCUGCCGACGUCGCCAAGGCCAUGGUCAUGACGGCUCGCGAGUUCGACAGGCUCACCGAUGACGAAAUCGAUAAGCUUCCUCUCCUGCCCCUCGUCGUGGCUCGCUGCGCCCCCAGCACCAAGGUCCGCAUGAUUAAAGCUCUCCAUAGGCGCAAGCGGUUCGCUGCUAUGACGGGUGAUGGCGUCAACGACUCUCCUAGUCUGAAGCAGUCCGACGUCGGUAUCGCCAUGGGCCAGGCUGGUUCCGAUGUUGCCAAGGAGGCCUCGGAUAUUGUGCUUAUGGAUGAUAACUUUGCUUCGAUCCUCAACGCUGUGGAGGAAGGGAGGCGCAUGUUUGAUAAUAUUCAAAAGUUUGUGUUACAUGUGCUGGCGCAGAAUAUUGCACAGGCAUGUACACUGCUUAUUGCGCUGGCUUUUAAGGAUCAUACAAGGCUGUCGAUCUUUCCUCUGUCUCCCGUGGAGAUUAUGUGGGUUAUUCUCAUUACGUCCGGAUUUCCUGAUAUGGGUCUCGGUUUCCAGGGUGCCGCGCCGGAUAUCAUGAGGCGACCGCCCCAGAACUUGAAACAAGGCAUUUUCACUCCCGAGCUAAUGCUCGACAUGCUCGUCUACGGUCUCUGGAUGGCAGCCCUCUGCCUCAGCAGCUUCGUCCUCGUCCUCUACGGCUUCGGCAAUGGCGAAAUCGGCGAAAACUGCAACAACCACCACUCUCCCGGCUGCGACCUGGUGUUCCGGGCCCGUGCCACCUGUUUCACGGCCAUGGUGUGGUUCUCGCUCUUCCUCGCCAUCGAGAUGAUGGACCUCCGGCGCAGCUUCUUCCGCAUGAAGCCCAAGACGAAGCACCCUUUUACGCAGUGGGCGCGCGAUCUCUGGCACAACCGGUUCCUGUUCUGGUCCAUCGUCGCGGGGAUCGUGUCCAUUUUCCCUAUCCUUUACAUCCCCGGGCUUAAUAGGGUCGUGUUUAGGCAUGAGGGGAUUUCGUGGGAGUGGGGCAUUGUGUUCGUGGAGACGGCGGUGUUCUUCGCUGGUGUUGAGAUGUGGAAGCUUGCGAAGAGGAUACACUUUAGGAGGGUGGCUAAGAAGAAGACGGGUGGUGUGAAGGAUCUUGAGUCGAGGGUCUUUGGAAGGUAUUACAGCAUUGGGAGGUCUGAUUCGGACACGGAUAAUCCGUUCGUGAGGACCAAGAUUAAGGAUGAGAACCGGGAGGGUUAA